UAUCAUUUCUACAGUGUUCUCGAGUGUUUAGCGUUUUUUGAAAAUUUUUUUAUUAAAAAUCUUCACAUUUUUGUGAAGGAAAAUAUUUUAUUCUUCUUAUCUCACGCGUACUCCGUUUCUUCGAUAAUAGAAACUUAUAUGACGGAUCCUAACCUAUCGAAGAAAUUUCUGCACGCCUGUCAAAGUGGAGACUUAUCAAGAGUAGAAACUCUUGUAUCCAAAUAUGAUAUUCAAGAUUGGACGUUCUUCCGGCAUUUGUCUUCUGGUGACACCGCUUUGCACGUUGCUACUCGUGCGGGUCAUUUGAAUAUUGUUCGAUAUUUAUAUGAAACUUUCGAGAAACCAGACUUUAAAGUCGAUGUUACCAAUAAAGAUAUGAAAACACCAUUGCACGAGGCGGCACAGUUUGUUCGUAACGAUAUCGUGAAGUAUUUGAUUGAAAAAGGUGCAACCAUAGACGCAUUGAAACGCGCUGAUUGGACACCGCUCAUGCUGGCUUGUACAAAAACCGGAAACGAUGCGUACGAAUGCGUUGCCGCGCUUUUGAAAGCAAAGGCGAAUCCGUUUUUGCGAAAUAAAGACGGAUGGACACCGUUACAUUUGAUUUGUCGUUCCGGCGAUAAAGAUGCGUUUGAUUUAUUGGCGAGUCAGUUUACCAGAUGCAUCGACGAUCGAACGAAUAAUGGCCGAAGCGCUAUACACAUUGCUGCGUUUCACGGACGCGAAGAUUUAGUCGAUCGACUUUUGGCGCUUAAUUCGAAUUUUCUGAAUGCGCGAGAUUCCACAGGAUCCACUCCUCUUCACGAAUCCGUUAAAGGAGGUCAUCUGAUCGUGACGAAACGAUUGAUAGAUUUGGGAGCUGAUGUUAAUGCCACAGAUAAUGUUGGCCAAACCAUUUUACACGUAGCAGCUAUAAUUGGAAACGAAGAAGCUGUGAAAGACAUUUUAGAAAAUUAAGAAGAAGGAGCGGCGGUCAGGUUGUUGUGAUUGUUGGGCGGUGACGUGGUCGUUGUUGUACCCACAUUGGAGGCGGCGUGCGGCGACAAUCCGGAGCUGUCCGUGGUGGGCGCGGACGGAUUCGACGAGGUGUUGUGCGAG